AUGCCCGGCCGGGGCCCUCGAUAUCGACCAACCCUAGAAGCCGUGGACCAAGAAGCCGAAUCGCAGUUCGAGCAAACACCAAUUCCGUCGCAUCUAAAGAUGUCGCCUGCAAACAAGUACUCCGUUAUUCUGCCUACCUACAAUGAGCGCCGGAACCUUCCAAUCAUUUGUUGGCUGAUUGAAAAGACUUUCCGUGAGAACAAGCUUAACUGGGAGGUCAUUAUAGUUGAUGAUGGCUCGCCCGAUGGUACACUCGAGAUUGCGAAGCAGCUCCAGGCUGCCUAUGGCGAGCAACACAUUGUCUUGAAACCUCGAGAAGGCAAGCUCGGCCUUGGGACCGCAUACGUUCACGGCCUUAAGUUUGCUACUGGAAACUUCAUUAUUAUUAUGGACGCAGACUUCAGCCACCACCCCAAGUUCAUCCCUGAGAUGAUCAAGAUUCAGGAAAGCACCAAGGCCGAUAUUGUCACUGGAACUAGAUACGCCUCACGUGGAAACUUGCGCGGCGGUGUGUAUGGAUGGGACCUGAUCCGAAAGCUCACAUCCCGUGGAGCCAACUUAAUUGCCGAUGUUGCAUUGAUGCCUGGUGUCAGUGAUCUGACUGGUAGUUUCCGCCUCUACAAGAAACCGGUUCUGGAGAAAGUUAUCAAAGUUACUGAGAGCAAAGGAUACACCUUCCAGAUGGAGAUGAUGGUUCGUGCAAAGGCAAUGGGAUACAAGGUCGAGGAAUGCCCUAUUACCUUUGUCGACCGUGUCUACGGCGAGAGCAAGCUCGGCGGCGAGGAGAUUGUCGAGUAUCUCAAGGGUGUUUUCACUCUGUGGCUCAAGGUUUAA